CAGGAGCCGGACCAACAUGACUUCUGCACUCGAGGCUAUUAGGUACAAGCGAGGUCAUCUUUUAAUUAUUGACCAGCUCCUGCUGCCUCAUGUCACUCGUUUUAUUCCCAUCAGGUCCGCAGAAGAUGGGUGGCAUUCGAUUAAGGAAAUGCAUGUGCGAGGGGCACCUGCAAUAGCCAUCGUAGCCAUGCUGUCUCUAGCUGUUGAAAUGUCGGGCUUGGUGUCACAGCAAAAGAUUUCAAAGAAUGCCGAAGACACCAGGGUAUAUAUUGAAGAGAAGCUGGAUUAUCUUGCCACAAGCCGACCAACCGCUGUGAAUUUAAGUGACAGUGUGAGAAAGAUGAAGUCUGUGCUGGAGCAGAAAACUCGAACACUUACUUGCUCCGGGGAAGAAAUAGCAAUGUCUUUCAUAGCGUAUGCAGAAAACAUGCUAGUCCACGAUGUUGCUGACAAUCGCUCAAUUGGCGAACAUGGUGCCAACUGGAUUGUUGCAAACACCCCUUCUGGAGUUGAAGAUUCCAAGCUUUGCAUAUUAACACACUGCAAUACUGGAUCGUUAGCCACUGCGGGUUAUGGUACUGCUCUUGGUAUCAUUCGUCACCUUCAUGAGAAAUCCCAGUUAUGUCAUGCCUAUUGUACAGAAACGCGUCCAUACAACCAAGGGGCACGCUUGACUGCCUACGAGUUGGUUAGUGAUCAAAUUCCCGCCACCCUGAUAACCGAUUCCAUGGCGGGACAGCUUCUUGCAAAGAUGGGGCAAAGUAUCGCCGCGAUUGUGGUCGGUGCCGACCGCGUCGCAAGCAAUGGUGAUACAGCGAACAAAAUCGGAACCUACACACUGGCGGUUCUGGCGAAAUACCAUGGGGUUAAAUUUGUGGUUGCAGCUCCUCGUACAACCAUCGAUAUGGGCACAAGGACUGGGAAAGAUAUUGUAAUUGAGGAACGCCCACAUUCUGAAGUCACAACAAUUACUGGACCACGAGAGCGUGGGGAUGAGUGCGGGAACAUAGUAAUGGAAAACAUAAAGAUUGCAGCGGAUGGAAUCAACGUGUGGAACCCCGCGUUCGAUGUGACUCCGGCUGCCCUGAUCGAUGCUAUCGUAACUGAAAAAGGCGUUGAGGUGAAAGAUGCAAAUGGCCGGUUUCACCUCGGAUCUUUAUUCGAAACUGAGGUUCGACCGUCUAAUUGAGACCCGUUGCGGCAGAAUUCUACCGCAUGACUCUUAGAAUCAGACCGCCCAGUAUAUACAUCGUGGCCCCCUUCUAUCGCUACAAGCAGAGAAUCAAUUUUCGUUUCGAGAUCGGAAAGCCGAUUUUCGAGCGCCAGUGCUGUUUGUUCGCCCCUAGAUAUUUGUAAUUAACUGGUCUGAU